CGAUGGUGUUGUCCGUACAGACGGUCCGUUGGUGGCUGUGCUCGUCUCGCGAUGCGUCCACCGACGUGUGUUUCUGCACAUGGCCGUGCCGCCCGACGGGUUUCCACACUGCUCCGCGGUUUUCGGCGACUCGCCGCUGGUAAAUAAUUGUAUUACAUCAUACAUCCACCAUGACUACAUCCUCAGAAGAUGUCCUGAUGCAAGUGAGCCAAGUGCGUUAUAAAAAAGGAGACGGCACUUUGUAUGUGAUGAAUGAACGAAUAGCAUGGAUGCUCGACAACAGAGACACUGUAUCUGUCAGUCACAAAUACGCAGAUAUUAAAUUACAAAAGAUAUCACCAGAAGGGAAGUCAAAGAUACAAUUGCAGGUGGUGUUACAUGAUGGCACAUCAUCUACAUUUCAUUUUGUAAAUAAAAAUGGACAAGAGGCACAAAUUAAAGAUCGUGAUGAUGUAAAAGAACUGCUACAGCAGUUAUUGCCAAAAUUUAAGAGAAAAGUUAACAAAGAACUAGAAGAGAAAAAUAGAACUCUCCAAGAACAUCCUACACUGCUUCAGUUGUAUCGUGAUCUCGUUAUCACAGAAAUUAUAUCAUCUGAGGAAUUUUGGGCACAACAUGCUGCAGAAUAUACGCAAGCCAAAAAGACUCAACGCCAAGAGAUAGGUGUUAAUAGUGCUUUUCUUGCUGAUAUCAAACCACAAACCGAUGGCUGCAAUGGAUUAAGAUAUAAUUUAACCGUCGAUGUGAUAGAAUGCAUAUUUAAAACUUACCCAGCUGUAAAAAGAAAACAUCAGGAAAAUGUGCCUCACAAGAUGUCGGAAUCUGACUUCUGGACAAAGUUCUUUCAAUCGCAUUAUUUUCAUCGAGAUCGUAUCAAUGCUGGGACCAAGGAUCUCUUUACCGAGUGUGCCAAAAUAGAUGAUCAAGAACUUAAAAAGGAUCUUCAGUCUGGGAUAAAUGACCUUUUGGUGGAUCUCACUUCUUUUGAGGAUCAAACGUUGGACGAGAAUUACGGGAGCACUUGCACUAAAUCUGAUAAGGCAUCGGGAAAUAUUGUUCAUCAAAAUAUGAUCAAGAGGUUCAAUCAACAUAGUAUAAUGGUUAUGAAAGCUAGCACUGCCAAACAGUCGACACAACAAGUCAAUCAACCGCAAUUAAAUGGAUCUUCACCUUCUGCAAGUAAAGUCACAGUUAAUGAAGUGGAUGAUGGACCAAAGAAUAAAAAGCGUAGAAUACAGGAGAAGAUAACUUACGAUGAUCUCGACACGAGCUGUGACGUAAAUAUGAAUAACAGAGCUCCGUUGAAUCUGACACAAAUAGACAGAUAUCUGCAUGGACCUGUACCAGGAAGUGGUAGCACAGAGCCAACUUCUGAAGAACUACUUGUUACAUUGAGCCAUUUGAAAAAAGAGGCUUCUGGAUGGGUAUCUGGCAACACUUUGCCGCGGCAGGCAAUAACGUCCUUAGUUAGUCCAGCUGCAGCAGUAUCGGUUUUAGGUGAAUUAACACCUGGUGGAUCCUUAAUGAAAGGUUUUAGAGAAGAGAGUCUUGGACAAUUAAUACCAAAGGAAUUAGAGAAAGAAUUACGUAAUGUAUAUGUAUGUGCGUGCGAAUUGUUAAAACACUAUUGGCGAAGUUUUCCUCCGACAACACCGCAGCUCGAGGAAAAAGCGAUAAGAAUGCACGCAGCUUUACAUAAGUUUCAUUCUGCUAAAUUAAAGCCUUUUGAGGAUCGUGUACAAAGAGAAUUUUCUCCAGUCAGUCAACACUUGACGAGUCAUUUAAAUCAAUUGCUAAACACUGCGUAUAGGAAAUUUGCCAUGUGGCAACAGCGGAAAAUGCAAAAGAGGUAGCCGUUUGUUAAAAUAUCUUAAAACAACAACAACAACAAAAAAACAAUAUGUGUGAAACAAAGCAAUAUUGAUUAAGCAGAGAUAUUGCAUUUUAUAAUGUUACCGUCAUUUAGAUAUUAAUCCUCGGACGGUGGAUCCUGGAUCCAAAUUUUAGUUUGAACUCAAACUAAAAGUCUCACUUUUUCAUGUUCCUAGGAUAUAAUAUACUGAAUUUUUGCUAUACUGACAUUUGUUUUUCAUUAAAAAAAAAAAGAAAAGAAAAAAACGAUACUUUUAUACGCAUUAUAAUAAUUCUAAGUUAGAGAAUCUAAAAAAACCAAUUUAAAAUAGCAUUCACACACAAAUAAAUAAUAUUCUAUAUAUUUCUCAGAGAACAAGGAUAUAUAAAAUAUUAUUUUAUUUUUAAACUAUUCUUUUAAAUUGAAGUUCAAGCUAUUCUCCAUCACGCGAGAGAGAAUACGAACAUGACAUCUCUCCGUCGCAGUUUCGUUUAUAUUAAUUGUCUGUACAAACAUAGCAUCUUCCAAGAAUUUUGAAAUGUAUUUUUUGACUAUUUUCUUAUACGAGCGCCCAAUAAGAUGACACUUUUGUUCGCUUCGUCGUCUUCAUGAUUUUUUCGCGUUAUUAUAUAAGCGAGGUUUUUUUUUUUAACUUAUCGAUUUUAUAUAUUCGAGACCAACGUCCGACGUUGAAACAUUGCAUGACCCCUUGCAAUGCCGAGUCAUUGUCUCGAAUGUAUUAAUCGCAGUUUUUUACGCGGCAAAGUCGCAUAAUAAUGAUUGAUCAAUCGAUAAAUUAAAAUGCUCGCUCUACUGUAUUGAUUAAAAUAUGCGAUGUCUCGAUACCGCGCGAUAGCGCGAGAGUUGAGAAAGCGCUUCUCUUUUGUUUCGAGUUACAUAAGAUAGGACUACAAUGACUGUCGCUUAUAAGUCGUAACAAGUCUGUGAAGGUGGGUCUGAUGAAUGGAUUUUUGGGUCCGCUGAGCAAGGGUUAAUAUAAAUGUAUUUUACAAAACAAACAAAAAAAAAAAAAAAAAAACCAGGGAGAGAGACCGAGGAAAAAAACCAAAGCUAUGCCAGGUCAUGUGUCCUGCGCUGCCACACGUACUGUUUAUUUAUUUUAUCGUUUAUUUUAAAAGAUUUAUACCUGUUUGUUUUUGCAAAAAUCAUUCUGAUUCAACUGCAAUUCCGAUAUACCGUAUCAGAUUUGAGCUAGUUUCAUAGAAUACACACAAUGUUAUAGUCUUAUUUAUUUCUAAUAGUUUUCUUGCGGAUUAUAUAUACACACACACACACACAUUGAUUGCUUGAAAGAAAGAGAAAGAGUGUGCGUGAGUGAGUGAGAGAGAGUGUGUGAAUGUGCGUUUAAACGCGCUGAUUUUUCAGAAAACAAUGGGUUCACAAAUCUUUGCACGAGAAA